GGUCGGUUUAGUUCGUGCACCUUAUGAAAAAGGUAUGAGACAAUACGAGCUUUUACAUUAUGAUGCUUGCCACAAUGUACACCAACAUAAAUAAAAUAAAAUGCAUUGAAAAUUGUUUUUCACAGUCCUUCAAAUGAUUCCAUCUUGGCUACCGGUUGUAAGAGCUUCCGCUAUCGGUUGGACACCACUUCUUCAAAGUAAAUUACCUGAUGAGCCUUUGAUCACCAACAAAAAGUAUAUAAAGGAUCAGAAGAUAGUGAUUAAUGUAAGUGGACGGAGAUUUGAGACUCGAAAAUCCACGCUCGAGAAGUUUCCCGACACACUGCUUGGUUCUGAUGAGAAAGAUUAUUUUCAAGAUCCGGUUUCAAAAGAAUAUUUUUUCGACAGAGAUCCGGAGCUUUUCCGUUACAUAAUGGAAUACUAUCGAUCAGAGAGGCUUCAUUUGCCAAAGGAUUAUUGUGUGACCGCUUAUCAUGAAGAAUUGUUGUAUUUCGGUAUCAUGCCAGAAAUCAUGGGAGAUUGCUGUUAUGAAGAAUAUCUUGACAAAUACAGGGAAAAUAAGGAAAGGCAGCAGGAAGAUAAAGAGGAUGCAUCGGAAGAAGAGCAACUAGCAACAAACUUUAGAGACAGGUUAUGGCGUGCAUUUGAAAAUCCUCAAGCUUCAACACUAGCAGUCGUACUUUAUUACGUAACGGGAUUCUUUAUAGCUGUUUCAGUACUGGCUAAUAUAACAGAGACUGUUUCCUGUGGCAUCAGUGUUGAAACUGGAGAAAAUAUACCUUGUGGAGAAAAGUAUAACGCCGCAUUCUUUUGCUUGGAUACCGCAUGUGUACUUUUAUUUACAAUCGAGUAUUUAGCAAGGCUGUAUGCAGCUCCUGCAAAAUGCAAAUUUAUUAGAUCUGUUAUGUCAAUUAUCGAUAUAGCCGCAGUUUUUCCGUAUUAUGUCGGACUUUUUAUGUCUAACAACAAGGAAUUUUCAGGUGCUUUUACAACUUUGCGAGUGUUUCGAGUUUGUCGUAUUUUCAAAUUUUCGAGACACAGUAAAGGAUUGAGGAUAUUAGGUUGUACAUUGCGUUGCUGCGCCUCCGAAUUAGGUUUUCUUCUGUUCACGAUAACAAUGGGUGUCAUUAUUUUUUCAACGAUAAUAUUUUAUGCAGAGAAGUCGGAAAUAUCACAGUUUAGUAGCAUUCCAGCAGCGUUUUGGUACACGAUAGUCACAAUGACUACUUUGGGAUAUGGAGAUAUUGUACCAACUACAAUUAUUGGAAAAAUAGUUGGCGGUAUUUGUUCACUUUCUGGUGUACUUGUUAUAGCCUUACCAGUUCCUGUGAUUGUUUCACAUUUUGCCAGAAUAUAUCAACAAAAUCAACGAACUGAUAAACGAGAAGCUCAAAAAAAGGCGAGAUUAUCUCGUUUAACAGAAAUGAAAGCUGUUGCAGAGAAUGCAUUCUCUGAAGGUAGAAAACGAUAUAAAAAUAGGAAAUUAUUGGAACAUCAUAAAUCAAAUGUAAAUAUGAUAAUAAAUAAAGAAAAUACACAAGAAGUAAACAAUAUUGUACAAAGUGAUGAAAUGAAUAAUAUUCAACUUGUUGAAUUGAGAAAGUACAAAACUGAUGAAGUAAAACAAGAAAAAGAUGUAGAAAUGUUCCACAGGCAAGAAGAAGAAUAUAUAAGGAAACUGGACCAAACCGGAGGAGAACGGAAUGUUUCAGCUGAAGAGGAUAAUGAAGAGGUUCAUGAUUUAUUUGAACAACAGUACUAUCAUCUAAUUGACUGUUUGCAACAAACAACUGGUCUAGAAGUUGCUGAAUUUAAUAAACUGACAUCAAGUGGAAAUAACAAUCGAGUAACAAAUAUCAAAUUGAACACCAGUGGAAAAAAUAUACAAAGGCCUAAAUCUUUUAACAGUACAAGUAGUUCAGGUGAAUUACAAAGUCAACCAAUAAACAUUGUACCAGUGCGACGGAAAUCGAUGCUGCCACGUUUACGUCGAUUUUCAACAUGUUGUCAUCGGAGAAGACGUUAUAUGAACAGAGAUGGAACCAAACUAUCAUCAUCAUCAUCUAAUAUUGGACAAAUUCAUUCCUCCAAUCCACAUCCCGAUCAUAAUUCAUCUAAAUAUCUUUUGGUAUCAGUCAAUAAAACCAACAAUGAAGAAAUUGCCUCCACUUCAUCUGAAAGAUGAUAGCUCAAAUUACUUCAGUUCUGUAUUGGAAUCCACUUGGAAUUUAUUCACCAAAUCAACAUAUGGCAAUGAUGAUGAUAAGGAUAUAGGAUGUGUUGGUGAACAGAAAAUGUAUUCAUUUCCCUUCUGUAUAGCAUUAUAUAUAUAUAUAUAUAUAAAUUGUUUUCUAAUUAUUCUCUAAUUUAUUAUAUCGACCACUAUUUAGUUUAUUUUUAAUAAAUUCAUCUAUCUACCUACCUGCCCACUUAUUUAAUUUAACACGGAUCAUUUGAUGAUGAACACGUUUACUAGAAAAGAUCAUUCAAUCAUUAUCUAUAUGUAUAUUGGUCAUUUCGUCUCAGUCAACCAGUAUAUCAAUUCUAGUCAUUUACAUUGUGUUUUUUUUAAAAAAGUCAAUUUUGUUUUGAAAUUAAUAUGCAGAUAUAAUACAUUUAUGUUUCCUUUUCUCUCUUUAUAUCGUUAUUAUUAUUUUUUCUGCAAUUUCAGUUGUUUUUUUUUCAACAUAGAAUUUUGAUAGUUUAUUAAUAGAUUUAAUAAGAAUAAACAAAAAUAAUAAAACAAUGUUACAAACAAAAAAACACAAAAUAAUAAAACUAAAAAAAUGUGCUCUUUGCGUUCCAUUGAAAUUUGAUCCAACUUAUUGAUUAACAAUUAUUAAUUUUCUACGAACUAUUAAGCAUAUAUAUAUAUAUAUAUGCUUAUUUUCUAACAAGAUUUUUCUACCUAUGCAACAAUAAAUACAAAAAUAUAAACUGUAUAAUUACUCGUUGAGCUUAUAUAGAUAUAAUGUUUAUUUUGUUGUUCUCUAUAUAGUCAUAGUGUUAAAAAAAUAAUUAUUGAGUUAGUUGAUUGAUUGAUUUAUAUAGAUGAAAAGAUUUA